AUGGCGGAGCUGGUGCCGGGACAGAGCGCGGCUCCCGUGGGGAUCAAGUCCGAGGGAUUCGCGGACGCGCUGCACCACCGGGUCCGGCAGAUAGCUGCUAAAAUUGAUGGAAUCCCGCACUUGAAUAAUGCAGGAUCUCUUGUGGACCCAACAGUGUACGGUUAUGGCAUCCCAAAAAGACCGCUUGAUGAUGGAGUUGGCAACCAGCUAGGGGCUCUAGUACAUCAAAGGACUGUGAUGACAGAAGAAUUUAAAGUGCCUGAUAAAAUGGUGGGAUUCAUAAUUGGACGGGGUGGGGAACAAAUUUCACGAAUCCAAACGGAGUCCGGCUGUAAAAUUCAGAUCGCACCAGAUAGCGGUGGAAUGCCAGAACGGCCCUGUGUGCUCACGGGAACGCCGGAAAGCAUAGAGCAAGCAAAGCGUCUCUUAGGUCAAAUCGUGGACCGCUGUCGAAAUGGGCCUGGUUUUCACAAUGAAAUGGAUGGCAACAGCACUGUCCAAGAGAUCCUCAUCCCUGCAUCCAAAGUUGGCUUAGUUAUUGGCAAGGGGGGAGAGACCAUCAAACAGCUGCAGGAGAGGACUGGUGUUAAAAUGAUCAUGAUCCAAGAUGGCCCAUUACCAACAGGUGCAGACAAACCCCUUCGGAUCACAGGAGACCCUUUCAAAGUGCAGCAAGCAAGAGAGUUGGUACUAGAGAUCAUCAGAGAAAAGGACCAGGCUGAUUUCAGAGGGUUACGCAAUGACUUCAGUAGCAGGAUGGGAGGUGGCAGCAUAGAGGUGUCUGUACCUAGGUUUGCCGUGGGAAUCGUAAUAGGAAGAAAUGGGGAAAUGAUCAAAAAAAUUCAGAAUGAUGCCGGCGUAAGAAUUCAGUUCAAACCAGACGAUGGAAUCAGCCCUGAAAGAGUGGCGCAAGUAAUGGGCCUCCCUGACCGGUGUCAGCACGCUGCGCAUAUCAUCAAUGAGCUCAUUGUGACUGCACAGGAAAGGGAUGGUUUUGGUGGUCUGGCGAUGGCUAGAGGUCGGGGGCGCAGUCGUGAGUGGAAUAUUGGUACGUCAGGAGGAAUGCAAGAGAUCACCUACACUGUGCCUGCAGACAAAUGUGGACUUGUCAUCGGUAAAGGAGGAGAAAAUAUCAAAAGCAUAAACCAGCAAUCAGGGGCCCAUGUGGAGCUUCAGAGGAAUCCUCCACCCAACACAGACCCAAGCAUCCGGAUAUUCACCAUCCGGGGCAUCCCACAGCAGAUUGAGAUGGCUAGGCAUCUCAUUGAUGAGAAAGUAGGGGGCACAGCAAUCAGCGGUCCAAGCAGCUACGGGCAGAGUCCAUUCAGCCAACCGCACGCGACACCUCAUCAAAACGGUCCUCAGGCGUUUUUAACGCAGGGUUGGGGUAGCACUUACCAAGCAUGGCAGCAGCCUGCGCAGCAACUUCCAGGUCAACAGAGCCAGCAGCAGAACGCGCAGCCAGACUACAGCAAGGCAUGGGAGGAGUAUUACAAGAAGCAGACCCAGGCUGCCAGCGCCACCUCACAGCCAAGCUCCCAACCAGAUUACACAUUGGCAUGGGCAGAGUAUUACAGACAACAGGCUGCAUAUUACGGACAGUCACUGGGCCAGGGGCAAGCCCACAGCCAGGUGAGU